AUGGAGCUACUGGAGUCGAGUUUAAUUUGUGCCCAUUCAGCUUCCCUUUUCGUAAGCAAAACGGAGAAAAUAAAAGCAAAUUUUCAGGGGGGGCUAAGUGCUAUUUACCCAAUAAUAUAUUUUCCUAAAUUUCUCUAUCAUCCGUCUCACACCCACCAAACGCCAUAUCUCUCCCCCUCUCUCUCUCUUUCUUUCUCUCUCUCCAUCUCAUUCUCUCUCGCCAGAUCUGUCCGCUCCCCACCGCCUUCCGCCGCCAGUCGCUGCUCCCCACUGCCUUCCGCCGUCGGCUGCUGUCCCCUCACCGCCUUCCGACGCUGCUCCCCGCCGCUUUUCGCCGUCAGCCGCUGCUCCUCACUGCCUUCCGCCGUCGGUUGCUGCCCCCUCACCGCCUUCCGCUCCACCUUCAGCCGUGGCUUCAGCUUGUUUUUGGAACCGGUUGGGCGACCCAUCGGCCUCCGGUUGCCGGACAUAUCUCCUAGCUCCUUCUUCCGAAGAGCCUCCACCGCCGCCUCCGAUUGGGCUUAUGUCGUUGCCCUGCCGUCGAGGUCGCUCAUGCCGCCCUCGUCGCGGUUGUGCUUCUGUCCGCCCAUGUUAAGGGGGUCGUUGGUCUCGAUUUGCUCGUCCUCUGAGCUGUGGAUCUGGUGGUGGUGGAAUUGCCCAAAUCCAGUCAGGUUUUGGUUUGUAUAAAUUAUGAGAUGCAAAUAAUAAGAUGAAGAGAGGUGCCAUGUGAAGUUGCAUUCAUGCUACAGUACUCCAGACUUAUGCGACUUAUAUAACUAUAGAUAAUUGUAUAUAAUUAUAGUCACGUGUAGUAACAUAUAGUUAUAUGUAUGUUAUGUGUCUAGUAAUGCGUGUUCAUGUUUUGAAGAUUAUAUGCAUGUGAUUGAGUUUUUUUCAUUUUUCGAGGUUAGUUGAUUUAUAAUAUCAAGAUUAAAAUUGUG